AUGCCUUUUCCGUGCUCGCCGUCCCUUGGCACAGGCCCCUCAUCUAAGCAUUCUGUUGCACCACCGGCUCGAAUUCCUCGUGUUGCUGAUUUGCUCGCAAUCCCACAACUUCAUUCUCUGCAGGAGCUUCUCGACCCUCUGCAUUGCAUUGAGUUCUUUGCCGGCCAGAGUGGAAGUGCCAAGAUUGCCAAGUGCUUCAAGCGUCUGGGCCGUCGAGUGCAGGCCUUCGACCUGAGUCGUUCCGAGACUCACAAUAUGGAUUCGACCGAAGGUUUCCUGGCCGGGCUCUUGAGCAUCCUCAGGCUGCGACCCGGAUCCUUCGUGCACUUUGGGACGGUCUGUACUUCCUUCACAUGGAUAAACGCCGGCACGCACGGUCGACGGCUCUGGCAGCCCCUUGGCAAUCAACAUCUGGACUAUGUCGCCCUCGGAAGCCGGCUUGUGGAAAGGACCGUUCUACUUGCUUUGUUGGCUUGGCACAUGGGAGCCGUGUUCUCCAUUGAGAACCCGCUUGGCUCUAUGAUUGCGGAACAGCCAAUUUUCCAGAUCAUGAUCCAAUACUUCAAAGAGAAGUCAGGAGGUUGGAUGUUGCAUUCCUUUCUGCUCCUUCUUUGCCUAUAG